UUGUUUAUCUGAUUAUUUUCUCAAAUUUUUUUUUACUUUUACCUUCAUUUUAUUUUUCAACAAUUAUCAACUGUAUUAUUUUCAAAAUAUAACCAAUUUAGGCAAAUAAAAUCGUAUUUUUAUGAAAAAAUAUAAGUACAUAACAGUUACUUAAUAAUGGAUGUUGGCUUAUUUGAACCCUGCAAACUAGAAGAUAUUCCUGCACCGCGUCCGGAGGAUGCAUGGGAAUACAAACCAUGCCAGAAAAAAUUUGUUAUGCGACCGGAAGAUGAAAUAAGUGUGGACAGUAUCAUUUCUGCGUUGCUCUCCCAAAUCGAACCCACCGAAGUGCAAUUCAAAGAAUGUCAAUGGGACGUUACCGCUAAAGAAAUGCACAAUGAAAAGCAGGCUUUACUUUUCGAAGAAAAACUCUAUAUAUCACAGGUCAAAACAGGACCUUGCAAACUAAUUGAGGAAAGCAAAAUCUUUCUAGAAAGUGAGCUCAAAGAAGUUGGUUACAUGAAACUUAGCAUAGAGGAAAGCUAUGAUGGCUAUGUUGUAUUCAGUCGCAGUCAAAUGACGAAGGGCAAGGGCAAAAGCAUGUGCGGACAUUGUUUACGGGGGAAAUAUGAUGAAAAAUUUGUUUUAAUCGUGGAGAAGCGUAGUGAAUUUGACUAUAUAGAUAAAGCCCGAGUUGAGAAAAAUAUGGAAGCACGUAACAAAGAAAAUAUAUUGUCAGUUAUCCGAGAAACAAAAAUUAAUGCGGAUUCUCAAAAAUUUAAAGCUGAAAUUAAUAUCAAGGACAGAGAGCCGGUAUUUAUCAUGGACGGUGGUGUACAGCUGCUAAUGCGACACUUGAUAAUCAAUAAUUUUGUUGGCAAAUUUGAGUACUAUACAUUAACCCUCUAUGGAAAAGUUCUGCAUGGAGUAAUCACUGUGGAAAAAGAACGUAAAAAAGUGCGCAUAUUCUAUCGGAACUUUGCUAACGUUAUCGUUGUUAAGAAUUUCAAAUACUUUAAUGAAGUGGCUGAAGAGACGUCGGAAACGUACUUUACAUCCAAUGGAAAAAUAGUUUUGCACUUUUGGCCCAGGUAUAACUAUUUAUUGCAUGCGAUACGUUUGCCACCAAAACCGAAAGAACGAAUUUUACCAAAAUUGGAAUUGAUGUGGAAGGCCGACAACUUAUUAUUCAAGCAUUACCAAAAGAAGAAGAAACUGACAUUAGAGAGUGCACAGUGUUAUCUACACAACCAUCCCGAAAUAGUAGAUUUCCUUUACGAUUACAUACAUAGCGUGCUCCAAAAGAAACCAGAAGUGGUGUUUCCAUUUACAAUUAAAUUUUUCCAAAAUAUGAAGAAUACUUAUUAAGACUUUAUGUUCAGGCUGAUGUAAAGCACAUCUUGGACCACAUUCUAAAUUAAAAAUGUUUUAGAAUACA